AUGCCCAUGCUCGACAAGACGUUGAUCCGACCUCACCAGAGGAAGCGCCCGAGAUAUCUAUCAACAGGUGGUGGUCCAGAAACACCAACAUCCACCCAGACCGCUGACUAUGUCACCUUGACAUCGGAGGAGGCGGUAUCCCCGGCUCCUCGCGAACCUCAGCGCGGCGGAGCAUCCACGCGAAUUUUCCAGAAUGCUGCUGAGAUCGGAAGCCUCGGUCAGUUUCCCUUCACUCUGCGUAGCGAACCAGCAGACACGCAACCGGCGUCAGAUGGCUUCGCGGGGGAUUCUCAAGACGCAGCUCCUCAGUCGCCGGUGUAUGUCGCGACCGUGGAAAGCCACGUUGGCCGGAGUGACUAUAUCGGAGCCGGCGAGGUGAGCUUUCGCGAGGAGAUGGGCCAGGCACAAAGUCCUGCUUCUGGCUUGAGCCAGACCGACAUGCAUCUGCUUCAAGUACAAAAAGCGUUUGACUCGCCGCAGCGAUCGGUUGUCGCAAGUCUGAUCGACUGUUACUUCGAAUAUUGCUCGGCAUGGGUCCCCAUCCUGGAGCCUGCCGCGGUGGAAGAAGUUCAAAGCAACGGGUCGUCGCCACUGUUGUUGAAUGCCCUCCUCCUUGCCGGCAGCCGUGUGACAUCAAAUGACCUCUUGGCCGCGUUGGCCGAGGAUUUCUAUCGAAAGGCAAGGCUGUUAUUCAUCCUGGGCCAUGAAAGAGAUCCGCUCAACUCCAUCAUUGCCGUCACUCUACUCCAGUGGUACAAUCCGACGGGACCCGAGCGCAUUUCCACAAGUACCAGUGGGUUUUGGGUCCGUAUCUCGGCCGGAUUGGCAUAUCAGACUGGACUCCACAAGGAGCCUGUUGCGGCGAAAGACAGGGGCCUUCGGCGCAGGCUGUGGUGGGCCAUAGUGGCGCGAGACGACAUAAUUUCCGUCGGGACAGGCAGACCAAGAACCAUCAAUCUGGACGACAGCGACGUCGCACCACCCACAAUCCAUGAUUUCCCAGCCCCCAAUAGCAAAGCACGCUUGUUUGUGGCAUUCUCUGGGAUCAUCCGCCUCUUAGGCGAUCUGACCGAGAACAUCCGACGGAAGACCGUGACAGCGACGAAGCGGGCAAAUCUCGAAAACGCCCUCUAUCGCUGGGUCAAAGACUUACCACCCAGUUUUCGUCUCUUCCAUCCAUCAUCCCAGAAGCUCAACCCGUAUAGCUUCGAGGCCAGACAGCUCCUAGUGCCCUACUUGGUGACUUUGUUCAUCUUGGCCCGACACUCGCCCGGACAGAACAGGACUCUCCGAGUGUCCUUCAUAGCAUCCUCCUUCGUGGUGGGUAUCUUUGAAGAUUUCUUGAAUCGGGGCGAACUCUGCCAUUGUGGCCCGGUCUUCUCCUUCUAUGCCUUUGCGGCGGGGCUGGCUCAGAUGCCUGCCCUGAGGUACAGAACUCUCGCACAAAGUGCGACAGAGUCAUUCUCCAUCAUCCAGUCUUCCCUGACGGAGCUGAUGAAGAGGUGGGGCUCGGCCGAAGGUGCGCUGGCCGUCUUGGUCGAAAUGAAAAAGCUCACAUUGCAGCGUCCAAGCCUUGGGGAUGUGCCGAGUCAAGGAUCGACAGACUUUGCGCCCUUCUUUGACGAUUUUGGUCCAGAGCUUUGCAGACACUACUGGCUUUUGGAACGGUCUGGUCAGAUUCCAAAUGCUCCUCCUUCGCUAUCGUCGUGUUUUGGCCAGGCAGAUGUGAGUGAGCCGCGAUCGGACCGUGAGAUGGAGGACUCGGUCGACAGACUUCGCCCUCACACGUCGGUGGACCCGUCAGUCCUCAAUACUGAGCAUGCCGAUCCUAUGCUCAUGAGUCAGAACCCCAUCUUCUUCGAUGACCUUGACCCUUCUGGUCGGUGGAUAGACGACUUGGGACUGGGUCUGGCGACUUACUAA